AAUUUUUUUUGUGACAUAACUAAAAUCAUCCGCACCCUCCUUCCCCCUAGACGAUAAAUAGCGACCGUUCCCGGUUGUACAACUUUUCAACAACUGCAUUGAUCGUUGUCUUUGUUUCUGUUUAGAUGCUUCGAUACCGGUUCGUGUUCAGCUUCAAGAUUUGGCAUCGACUGGUUAUAUUCAUGGCAACUCUUUGUAUCCUAUGUGUGAUAAUCUUCGAGGAGCUUCACUAUUUGGAAUCACAUCCACGGACACUUGUCCCUGUAAACAAAAACAUGGCCAGGCCGAGAUGUGACAUGGAACUUGAAAUCGGCCCAAUGUGCCCUAAGCUUUACACCGACCUGGGAGGUAUGUGUGAGAUGGGUAGCACAGGUAUCCUAUGUCCCGAUAUUCGCCACAAAGCGAACACUCCAUUGAGGCAAUCCCAGUUAGUGAUGACCAGAAUGCUACGAAUAUUUCAUCUUUUGGCCACAAAACACCGCAUCCGCUAUUGGCUAUCUUCCGGAACACUUUUAGGGGCUGCCAGACACAAGGGUUUUAUACCCUGGGAUCAUGACGUCGAUAUAGAAAUGCCUUUGGAGGACUAUAUCAAAUUCUUUAAAGUAGCAAGCAGAGAUCUUCCGGAUGAUAUUUUUUUCCAGAAUUCCUUUACAGACACUAACUUACUGUCUAAUAGGCCUCAAGACGCAGUUUCUCCGCUUCACCCAGAAAUUGGUUAUUAUUUAAAUCCAAUGAACCAUCGCCUAAGAGAUAAGGCAAGUUGUUAUGGUUAUUGCCUUUUGUACGAUUGCAAGUGGCAUGACGGACUCAUGAUCGAUUUGUUUGUCAGUGAAAAAAGGAGUGAAGACGUUUUUCCACUAAAGGAAAUGGAAUUUGAAGGCUUCGUGUUUCCAGUUCCCAAAUCCUGGAAAGCAAAUUUAGAGGAAAAUUAUGGAGACGAUGUGCUUAAUAUACCCGAGGAAGCAGAGAAUCGAAAACCUAUCCUAAGGCCAUAUCCAAUGAAGACGUGUAAGACGUUGGCCCAAGAGACUGUUGAAUUUGAAUGAAGAAGUUACCUCUCGAAACUCAAUCUCGUACCCAGAUCAUACCGUGUAAUUGAAACGCUUGGCCGUGAAAAGUCUGGGUACUAGACUAAUCGAAAAUAUCAGUAUUGUAUUUCUAAGUUAGUGUGUGUGCUCUGAUUCGUCAAUUUCGCGCUCCAUUUAUGCCUGGGGUAGGCUAACAUAAAUUUUUCUUGGAAAAUUCCAACAUGUAUAAAAUAUUCA